CCCCCACCCACCCCGCUACCCGCAAGUAAACAGGAAGUAGGACCGAUGUUUGGAGGCUCCUGGGUCUGGAGAAGGGGGCAGAAUUCUGAGAAAUUGCUCUCGCUGAGGGCUUCGAUUUCGCGUUUGUUUCUCCCCCACCCAUCUUUUGCUCUAGUCUAGAUACUUCUGUCCUCAGCCGACUCGCACCUCUGUCUUGGAAGUUUGGUCAGAACCAUGGCCGAAUACUCCUACGUAAAGUCCACCAAACUCGUGCUCAAGGGAACGAAAGCGAAAAGUAAGAAGAAAAAGAAAGAAAAAAAGAGAAAAAAUGAAGAGGAUGAAGAAACCCAACUUGAUAUUGUUGGAAUAUGGUGGACAGUAGCCAACUUCGGUGACAUUUCAGGAACUAUCGCCAUUGAAAUGGAUAAAGGAACCUAUAUCCAUGCGCUUGACAAUGGUCUUUUUACACUGGGAGCACCACAUAAAGAAGUUGAUGAAGGUCCUAGUCCUCCAGAGCAGUUUACUGCUGUCAAAUUAUCUGAUUCCAGAAUUGCCCUGAAAUCUGGCUAUGGAAAGUAUCUUGGUAUCAAUUCAGAUGGACUUGUUGUUGGACGUUCAGAUGCCAUUGGACCAAGAGAACAGUGGGAACCAGUGUUUCAAGAUGGAAAAAUGGCCUUAUUGGCCUCAAAUAGUUGCUUUAUUAGAUGCAAUGAAGCAGGUGAUAUAGAAGCAAAAAGUAAAACAGCAGGAGAAGAAGAAAUGAUAAAGGAAUCGAACUCACGACUGCCUGCUUGCAAGUCAGGCGCUUAUGCCGCUGAGCUAAAUCCCCAGCCCCAGGUUUUCAAAACAAGAAGACAGCCACACUGUGGCCCACUGCAAGAGAGAGGGCAGCAAGCUUAUCAAGAUGAACAGGCCUCACCUGGAGGUGAAGGCAAUGCACGGCAUAAUACAAGUUACUGGAUCUUGUUCUGCGUCUGAGCAAGUAGUGGCUUGCAGGUAUAGAGUUCUGGGUCCAUGGGAAAAGUGGUCAUUGUUUAUGCUUUAGUCCAUCUCCAAAGACCUAGUAGCCUGUCACCAGAAAUAUAUGGAUGCGCCAUCCAAGAUGGAGAUCAAAAAUACCCUCAAUUCAGUAUGAUCAGACUCUGCUUGUGGCUGAUCCCCUGUCAUGGCAAGUCCAAAAAUUAGAGACCCUGGUGUACAUGUUCACUACCAGAAAACCUACCUCUAGUCCCAGUGUGAGGAUCAAGGUUUGCCUUUAUAACAAAGCAGUGUGGUUUUUAAGUUAGAAAAGUUUAGAAAUACAUUUCCUUCUAGGCUGGCUUGGUGGCUCAUGCUUUAAUCUCAGCACUCGAGGCUGAGGCAGAAAGACUGCUGUGAAUUCUAGGCCUGCCUGAACUGCAUAGUGAAGUCCUGUCUCAAAAAGACAAAAAUAAAAAUAUGUCUCAGCUCCAAACAAUCACUGUUACAAGUAUUUAAACUUUUGACAUUUUACUUGUAAACCUAGUUGUUAGCAUUUUAAUGCAUAAUACAGUAUUUAAUAGUGCUCAUAGUAUAUAACAUUCUAUUUUUUAUUUUAUUUAUUUAUUGGUACCAGGGAUCAAACAUGACCGCCUGCUUGCAAGGCAGGUGCUUAUGCCGCUGAGCUAAAUCCCCAGCCCAGUAUAUUAGCAUUUUAAAUAGAAAUAGUACCUCUAAUAAAUUCCACAUCUUACCCAGUUCCAACUGUACAAGAACUUCAGUUUUUAGUAUUAGAAAGUUAAUGAUCAAAGAAAGGGCAAAGUCAUCUUACAUUUCUGACAAUACAGUAAUGCAGUAAAUGCAGUUGUAUCUCAAGGAAAUAAAUGGAAUACAAAUUUUACUACCCAAAGGAGACACAAUCAUUUUCUCUUUUCACUUGAUACUGAGUGGGAAGAAAGGGAAAAAGAGUUAGCUGGCCUCAGGUAGGUUUGUCACCCAAAAUCACAGGAACUCUGAUUCUAGAAGAGCGGUGGAAGACCUCAAGGAAACAAGUGAAUUCAAAGGUUCCCCUAAGUGGUUCUGCUUUAAGAUAAAACCCACCCACCCCCAGAAAAAGAUCCCAAGGAAAAUAAGCAGUUCACAUCCAAAACAGAAACCAGACGCCAUAGGACAGAACCAAGAGGGCAACCUACUCGGGACCCUGUCUUGUCUCUCUCAGAAACUUCCUUUCUCUCAGUAAACAUAUUCUGCUCUUUACAAAAACAAAAUACAUCAAAUAGUAUUAACUAUAUGUAAUGUGUUUGAAAUAAGCUAAAAUAUAAGCUGAGCAUAUGUAUUAGAAAGGCUGCAGCUCAAACAUGUAAAAGCUUCAAAAACAGGCGAGUUGGGUGUGAUGGUGAUGCACACCUGUAGUCCCAGUAGCUGGGAGGUGAAGCAAGCCAAAGAAUUGCUUGAGCCCAGAACUGCAAAAUGAGCCUGGGCAAUGUAGUAAGACCUUCUCUCACAACAAGAGAAAAUCAACUAGAUGGAUUAAACAGAAGAGAUGGCCAGAGGGAAUUAACUAGAAGAUAGUUUAACAAAAGGCCACAGUCUCAGCUGCGGAGUCAAGGGAAGUAUGAUGCAUUACAAGUUACACAUGAGAAGUUUAUUAUAUGCCCAAUUGAAGUACUGGAAAGAUAGACCAUAGAGGAGAAAGAUAAGAGUUAAGGAUUUUUUCAGAAAUAGAUUUUAAAGAGCCCCAGAGAAUCCCAACUAACCACACACAUACACACACACACUACUGAAUUACAUGGGGGGGGGGGAGAAAAGAAUGACCAUCUGUAAAUCCAUAAAAGUACAUCAAUUCGGGUGAUUUAUGGCUUCUCACCAGCAGGUAUGAAGCCAAAAUAUAACAGAGGAGCAUCUUCCAUGAGUUAAAAUAAUGCUCAAUCUAGACUGAUAUACUCUAUGAAACUAUCUAGGAAGAGCUAAAAUAAAACGACACGAAUAUAACUUGCAUUCAAUAGAUCAUCAAUUGAAAGAAAAUUUAAAAGUCUAGGCUGAAGGAAAGUGAUCAUCAGAGCUGGAAAAUGUGGGAGAGUGGCUGAGUCGGAGGUCAGCAAACGCCCUGGGACUACAGCAAAGCCAGUCCAGGAACUUGAAAUGCCAGAGGCAGAUACAUAAGCUGACUCUAGUUUAGUUACUUAUCAGCAGGUUUCCGCCUCUUAGUGUUCCUCCCUGUUAACCUCAGCACAAACACCUCUGAGAAUGUUCACUUCCCUGUGCUCAGCAAAACACUCUGAGACCUUGCACUUUCCACCCUGUCAUGUACUUCCCCACUGUUCACUGUGUAUAAAGAAAGACUCCGGCUGGCACUCUGCGCUGUCUCUCCAUCAGAGGGCUACCUCCCACCCAGUCCAGUCUCUUCCCCCCCCCCACCCCAUGCCUAUCUUUUCUUAAUCUCCUAAGCCCAUAUUCAGGACCCACUGGUCACUCAGGACACAGCAGGAAAAAUAAGUAAAGAUACUCCAAAUAUAAUAAAACUAUACAAAAGAAUAAAAUGCUUAAUUUGCACAGGUUUUUGUAAUUAAAAUACUGAAUAAAAUAGGAAGUCCUGAUUCCGAUUAAUCCAUUAUAAGGUCCUAAAAAUUAUACCAAUUCAUUUGUUUUUCAUGCAGUGCUGCAGAUUUAAUUCACAGCCUUAACCUACAUCCCUAGUCAUUUGUAUUUUUGAGAUGGAGUCCCUCUGAACUCACUAAAUUGUUCAGGCAGGGCUUAAACUUGGAAUCCUCCUGCCUCCGCCUCCCAUAGUACUUGGGAUUACAUGUAUACACCACCACACCAAUCCUUAAACUCUUCCAAAAAAUAGAACAAGAAAAUACUUUCGAAUUCUUUUUAUGAGGCAGUAUCACACUCAGCCAAACAGGCAUCCAAGAAAAGUGCUGACUAGUAUCCUUGAUAAACAUGUAUGUAACAGUCAUCAACAAAAAGAAAACUAAAUUCAACCAUCUGUUAAGGCAAAAGCGCUCGAUUCCAUUCACAGUAUCACAGAAAAAUAAUACUUAGGAAUAAAUUUAAAUGAAAGGGUUCUACAUUGGACAUUAUAAAGCACUAAUAAAAGAGUUCUACACCAGAAUCUGUAAAACACUAGAAUUGAAAAAGCAAAAAUUAAUUGAAAAACAUCCUUUAUUCACAGAGCGGAAGACUGUUGUUCAAAUGUCCAUACCAUCCAAAGCAACUACAGAUUCAGUGCAAUCUUUACCAAAAUUCCAAUAAUGAUAAUUCUUUCCAAAUAGAAAUGAGUCCUAAAAUUCACAUGGAACCACGAAAGUUCACAAACAGCCAAAUUUUAAACAAGAAGAAUAAACAUGGAAGACUAACCUGUUAUGACUUCAAAAUAUAUUACAGAGCUGGUAGUAAUAUAAACAGUAUGAUAUUGGCACAAAAGCAGGCAUACUAUAAUACUACUCUGCAGAUACAAAGUCCAGAAAUACAUCCAGUGUACACAGUCAACUAAACUUUGACAAGAAUGCCAAGAUUACACAUUGAGGAAAGCAUAAUCCAUUCAUGAUUGGUGUUAGAAAAACUAGAUAUACACAUAAAUGAACUUGGACUCAUACCUCACACCCUCCACAAAAGCAAAAAAAAAUUAAAGAAAAAACAUAAAGGCUGAACCAUAGAAUUCCUAGGGAGAAAACAUCCAGACAGUGGCUUUGCCAGUGAUUUCUUCCAAGUGACACCAAAAGUAAAAGAAACAAAACCAAAAUACUCUAUGGGUUAUCAAAUUCAAAAGGCUUCUUCACAGCAAAAGAAAUGAUCAAGAGAGCAAAGAUACAACCUACAGAAGGAAAGAAAAUGUUUAUAAAUCAUAUAUUUGAUGUUAAAUAUCUAAAAUACAUAAGAAACUUAUACAACUCAAUAGAAACAAAGUAAAACAACUCCAUUGACAUUUCCCCAAAGACAUAAAUGGCCAUCAAAGGUGAUAAGGUCCUCAACAUCACUAAUCAUCAAGGAAAUGCAAAUUAAAACUAUAAUGAGAUAUCAGCUUAUACCUGUUAAACUGGCUUUUAAAAAUAACAAACAAACCAGAUAACAAAUGUUGGUGGGGAUGUGGAAAAAAAAGAUCUCUAGUACACUGCUUAGUGGGGAUAGAAAUUGAUACAUCACUGCUUAUUCUCCCAAAACUAAAAAUAGAACUAUAUAUGAUUCAGUAAUCCUAUUUGUGAAUGUAUAUCUGCAUUCCCAUGUUUUACAUCACUCACAAUUGCCACAACAAGGAAGCAACCUAAAUUCCCAGUGACAUAUAAUAGAUAAAGAAAAUGUGGUAAGUACAUGUAAAGGAGUACCAUUAAUCCUAAAAAAUAAAAUCAUAACAAACAAAAAACAAAGUUCUGUAUGUGUGCUACCGCUUGCUGAGCCUGAAAGAUAUUAUACCAAGUGUGACAAAGCCAGACACAAAAGAGCAAAUGAACAUGAAACUGAUUGAGUGGAGACUUUGUACUCAAUCUAGAGCAGCACAGAAUAUUAAAAGAGAGGAGGCAACUAGGUAAGAAAAGAGUUUAAUGGGGUGGGGGAUCACAGAGGGAGUCCCCACAGAGAAGGCUGUGGUAGCUCUCUGAGACAAAGGGCAGGUUCUGCCUGAUACAGGCUCUGGUGGGGUAGGGCUCUGGGGACUGAGGUGAGCGAGAGUGCAGAGGAUUGGGCAAACCUUUACAUGCCUGAUCUUUGGCAUAGAUUUUUGAGAAGGAGAAUCCAUAGGGGUUUCUGGGAAGAAGGAGAUACACAUUAUCAGGGCACAGUUUUGAACUGUUGCCAUGAUGAUUGUGCUGUCUCUCAGACGGGGGGUAUCUAACAGAAACCAUUUGUAUGAUAAACGUAAAGCAGUCAAAUUUAUGGUAGCAAAGUAGAAUGGAAGUUGCAGGAAGAGGGGAAAGGGAAUGGAAAGGUAUUAUUCAAAGGGUACAAUGUCUAGUUGUAUAUGAUAAAUAAGUCCUAACGAGAGAUUAUAAAAUAAUGUCUAUAAUUAAAAAAUGCUAUAUUGUACACUUAAAUUCACAAGGAUAGUAAAUGUUGUUUUCUUACCACACACACAAAUAAGAGGUCAGGAGAAAAUUCUGAAGACAAUAAAUUUAUGGCACAGAUUACAAUCAUUGUGAGUACUACAUACUUAUCUCUGAUUCGUGUUGUAUAUAUUAAUGAUGUACAGAUCUGUGUAUAUACAAAACUUUUAAAUAGAUUUUAUUUAAAUGAAAGGUCAAAUGAGGGAGUGAAAAUUUAAGCUGCAAUAGAAGAUAUUUGUAAAGAUAUUGUGUGUAUUUUUUAUUUUUUGUUUAUUUGUUUUUUGGUACCGGGGAUUGAAUUCACGACCUGUCACUUGCCAGGCAGGCGCUUCUGCUACUGAGCUAAAUCCCCGGCCUGUUUGUUGUAUUUUUGAAUUAGUUUUCGUUACUAUUUAAAUUCCUGAUGCUGGCUAGUUUAUAAAGAGGUUUAGUUAGUUCUCAGUUCUGAAGGCUCAAAGACACUGUGGUGGCAUCACCUUAGCUCAGAUGAAGCCUUCAUGGUGAACGGCGUCAUAGUGGAGAGCUUGUGUGAAAGAAAAGAGAUCACACAGUGAUACAGGAAGCCAGAGAAAGGCUGAAGCCCAAGAAUAACUAGUUAGUCCUUCUGAAAGCUCGUCCCCAGUGACCUAAUGAUCUCUCACUGGACACCCACUUCUUACACCCCCUGAUCCCCAAGGUGUCUUACCUCUUGAUCCAAUCCUUAUUCUACAACCUACAUUUCUUCCAAUGGCCAUCACAAUGGAGAUGUCCUACACACGGACCUGAUAGUGUUUCUAUCAUUCUAUUUGUAUGGAACAAGUAAUUAGAAAGAAAUAAUGAACAGAGAGGAGAGGUUCACAGAAUUCAGGUCAAAAGUUAAAUGCUUUUUCUCAUAAAGCAUUUUUAUGAGAAAUAAUUAGUUUUCUCAGUUGUAUAAGUAGCCGGUUAGUUGAUUAUCAUGUACUUAUUAUGUAUCGACAGUCAGACAUUAUGCUAGAUAUUGCGCAUAUGGUGAUAAGUGACACAGAUAUGAUCUUUGUCUUGACAGAUUUUACAGAUUAAAGAAGUGGGCAUCAGCAACUCCUAAAUGAUUAAUGAAAUAAGUUUGCAAAUUACUGGCAAUGGUAUCUGAGGUUUGGUUAGCAGAAUGGACAAGGUUGUUUUGGAUGGAUGUAGGUCAGAGAAGGCUUCUCUGAGGAGGACACAUGUCUGGGGAACUGGGAGUUAAAUGUGUGACGACUGGCGUGAGAAUGUGUUCCACACGUGCGAAUAUCAUGAGCAGGAAUACUGAGAUAGGAGGGGCAGGGUGUUUUGGAGAAGCUGCUUUUUAGCUACAAGGGAAUGAUUAAGGAACAGUGAGAAAAAGCCAGAGGUAAAGUCUGAGUCAAAUAAGCUUUUGAAGCGUUUUUGAAAAUUCUGGUCUUGAUGGUAUUUAGCUUAAUAGCAGACCACUGACAACAAAGCAGUGAUAUUACUAAAUUUGCAUUUUAAAAUUUAGAGGAUGCUUUGAAAAAGUGAAAGAAAACAAUGAGUCCAGGUAAGAAUUCAUGUUGUAUAUACCAUAUUCAUUGCUGUGGAAGCAAUGACUAUGGUAUCAGGCCCGGGGUGCUGGCAGUGAAGGUGGACAGAAGAUGUAUUGUUAAAAACGUAAUUAACUGUCUUAACCAUUAAGGUUAAAUAUAGGACAUAAAGGAAAAGAGUCAGGGUAACUCUUAAGUUUCUAACUCGAACAGUAGAGUAGGUUUUUUAAAAAAUAUACCAGCAGAUCAAUAAAUGCUAAGAAUUUUUGUGUUAUCUUUCAGAGUCAGCAAGUUUUAUUUUGAGAAGCAUAAGUAUUUCAGAAAUUCUACUUACUAGUUCUACCAUUUUUAAAUUAAUUAAGAUUAUUUUAAAAAAUAUUAUUGGUAGAUUUUAGGUAUACAUAACAAUCACAUUCAUUAUAGGGCAUUUGCACCCAUACAUGAUAUAAAUUGAUUCUUUUUUUUUUUUCUCCACUACUCUUCCCUCUCAAGUUCUACAAUUAAAAAAAAAAAAAACAAUACUUUUUUUUAAGUAAAAAGGAUAUAACAGAAUAAAGGGCAGUUGUCGGGACCAGGUACUUGGCAAACUUAAUGCGAACUUGUUUAUCCAUAAUAUGCUGUAUGGAUAGAUACAAACAUUAGCUUACUUGUUUUUUUUCUUUUAUUUUGAAAAGAAUAAAACCAAAUGAGAAAAAAAAAUGGGGUCAUUCAAAACAAAAGGAUGGACAUAGUACAUGAUUUAAAACCACAAUUCAAGGUGAUCUGCAAUGGUUACUAUGAUGUCUCUUGUUAUCUUCUAUAGAAUUGCCCAUAUCAUGAGGGACAAUAAAAUUGAACAUAGCAGUACAUAACAAAAUCAAUAAAAACAAAACUUACUACUUCUCUUUCGAGGAUUUUGACUAUAUGCAGGAGAGUGAGUUUUGAAGACUUUUUUAACAUAAUAGAGCUUUGUGUAUGUUUAAAUUUUAAUGUCAAGAAAAUACAAGAGGUAGAAGCUAUAAGAGGAAAAAAGGGCAUAAUUUACAACGGUAUUCUUGAAAAGGAAGUGCAGGCUGGAACCCAAAAGACAAGUAGGACUGAUUCAAAGAGGAGGAGCAGUCAGGAGUGGUGGUGCCGUGCAGCGCUCUGGGUAGCUGAGGCAGGAGGUUUGCAAAUCUGAGCCCAGUCUGUUCAACUGCGGGGCCUGGCAGGACUCUGUCUCAAAAUGAGCUCAAAAUGUGUUGUACCUCAUUGUGAAUCCUGCAUUUAAUCCCCAAUACCACAAUAGGUAGGCAGUAGAGGUGGGUAGGUGGUUCUGUAGAUAGGAAGGAGCAACUCUUCCACUACAGCAGGAGAAAAGUCUAAAAGGAAGCGAAUAGAUGUAUAUAGAUUUGGUGGCAGAGAACUGAGAUCAUUCUCUUGUGAAAUUUACAUUUUCUCCAUAAAGAAAAUAAGCCAAUGAGCGAAUCUCAGGGCAAUGGAAGAAAUGGUAGAUCAGAAUUUUGAGAUUAUUUUGGAAAACGGAGAGAUAAGGUACAUGACAAUCGUGAAUUGUUACAUAGUAUUGAGGAUCUAUCAAAUUGUUAUGAAUAUUUUUAAGUUUUUAUUUUUAUUAGUACUGCAUAUAUUUGCAAUUUGGCAGUGGUUACAUACGCACAUUAUGGCUUGUUUCUUUUUUUAAAAUCCCCUUCCCUUUCCAUCUCUCUGCCCCUUCCCAUUGGGUCCCCUAUCUUAUUUUCAUACUUGUUGAUAUUAUUUGAAUUAGCUCAUAUUAUAGUGCAGAGUAUUUACAUUAAUUAGGUUUGUUAGGUUGCUAUACAUGGUAUAUCUUUGUUCUUAUUUCCCUUUCUCCUCUUUUUAAUUUUCUCACCCCUUUCCUAUUGAAAGAGAGCUAUCCUCUUGUCCCUUUCUAUCCAUUUUGUAUUAUUUUCCUUGUUUGUACUUUGCCUCACACAAAUGAGAGAUACCAUAUGGUAUUUAUGCUGUGCAUCUGAUUUAUUUCACUCAACAUCACAUUUUAUAGGUGCAUCCAUUUUGCUACAGAUGUGUCAUCUUUAUAGCUGCGUAGUAUUUCAUUAUAUAUCGAUAACACAUUUUGUUUAUCCAAUCAUAUGAUGUUGGGUAUACAGGCUGCUUUCAGGAUUGAACUAUUACAAAUUGUGCAUCUAUUAGAUAUUGGUAUCAAGUACCUCUAUAGCUUGAUGACUUAUGCUCUUUGGAAAAGAUACCUAGCAGGGGGAUUACCCGGGAUUGUGACAUUACUAAUUUUAGUUCUUUAAGAAAUCUUGAUACUGAUUUCCAUAGUGGUUGUAACUAAUUUCCAUUCCUACCAGCAAUGAAGGAAAUUUCCUUUUUCAACACAACUACCCCAGCAUUUGUUACUCUUUGACUUCUUAAUGACUGACAUUCUUUCUGGAGUAAGAUGGAACCUGAAGGUUGUUUUAAUCUGUACUUAUCUAAUGGCUAGAGAUAUUGAACGUAUUUUCAUAUAUUUGUUUAUCUUUUGUAUUUCUUCCUCUGUGAAAUGUCUGUUCAUUUCUCUUGUCCAUUUCUGAAUCGAGAAUUUAAUUUUAGGUGUUCUAAUUUUUUGAGUUAUUUGUGUAUUCUAUAUAUUAGUCCUCUGAGGUGUAGCCAGCCAACAUUUUUUCCCAUUCUAUAGGUUCUCUCCACUCUGAUUCUUUUGCUGUACAGAAGCUUUUUAGUCUGAUGUAAUCCCAUUUGUUGACCUUUGUUUCUAUUUCUUGUGCCAUUGAGGUUUUGUUUAGAAAAUACUUUCCUACUCCUAUGUCAUGAAGUGUUUUACCUAUUUUAUCUUCCAAAAGAUUUAAUGUUUCUGUUUUAAUGUUUGUAUCCUUGAUCCAUUUUGAUUUUAAUUUAGUAUAUGGUUAGAGACAAUGUCCCAGUUUCAUGCUGCAAGCAGGAUCACCAGUUUUACCAACACCGUUUGUUAAACAGGCUCUCUUUCUUCUAACAUUUGGCCCUUUUGUCAAAGACUAGACAGCUGAAUAUGUGCGCAGGUUUCCACGCCCUCGGUUCUCCUGCACUGAUCCACGUGCUUUUGUUCACUGCCAUGCCAUUUUAUCACUAUUGCUCUGUAGUGUAGCUUGAAGUCAGGGACUGCUAUGCUGUCUGCUUUGCUCUUCUUCCUAAAAUUGCUUUUCCUACUCUGGGUCUCCUCCCAUUUCAUAUGAAUUUUAGGAUUCUUUUAUUUAGCUCUCUAAAGUGUUUUGGUAUUUUGAUUAGGACUGCAUUGGAUAUGUGUAACAGUUUUGGGAGUAUGACUAUUUUGACAAUAUUGGUUCUGCCUUAUCAGGAUCAGGGCGCAUCUUACCAUUGUCUGAUGUUUUCUUCAAUCUCCUUGUUCAGAGUACUGUAGUUUUCUUUGUAUAGGUUUCUCACUUCCUUGGUUAGAUUCAUCCCUAGAUACUUCAUUUUUCUUGAAGUUACUGUGAAUGAUACUGUUUUCAUAAUAUCUUUUUCAUUCUUUCUUUGUUACUGUACAUAAAUGCUAAUGAUUUUUGUGUGUUGAUUUUGCACCCUGCUACUUUGCUGAAGUUGGUUAUUAAUUCUGAGUUUUUCUGGCAGAAGUCUUUGGGUCUUUUAUGUAGAGUAUCAUGUCCUCUGCUAAUAAUGAUAGUUUGAGUUCUUCCUUUUAUAAAUAUAUCCCUUUUAUUUUUUUCUCUUCUCUAAUUGCUCUGGCUAAACCCAGAAAAUUGUUACUAUGAAAAAUUAUAUUCCAACAAACUAGUAAAUUUUGAAGAAAUGGACAGACUCCUAUAUACAUACAUACUAUCAAAACUAACCCAGGAAGACACAAACAUGCCUAAUAACCCAAUUAAAAACAAGGCAAUUGACCUAAUAAUAAAGAACCUACCAAGAAAAGCUCAAGACCUGAUGAAUUCACUGCUGAAGUCUACCAAACUUUAAGGAUGUUAUAUCACCAAUAUUCCACAAGCUCUUCAGAGAAACUAAAAGGGACCGAAUGCUCCCAAAUUCAUUCAUGGAAGCCAGUAGCACUAUGACCCCAGAACCAGAUAAAGAUUUUAUUCUAGACCAAUCUCAUUAAUGAACAUAGAUGCAAAAAUCUUCAACAAGUUAUUAGCAAAUAGAAUCCAGCACCUUAUCUAAAAGGUCAUUCACCAUGAUCAUGUAGGUUUUAUCCCAGAGAUGCAAGGAUGGUUCAACAUGCAUAAGUCAAUAAAUGUAAUACAUCAGAUAAAUGAGAGCAAGGUCAAAAGCCACAUGAUCAUAUCAACAGAUGCAGAAAUGCUUUUGACAAAAUCCAACACCCCUUCAUGAUAAACACUCAGAAGAAGACAGGAGUAUAGAAGGACCAUACCUGAAUAUGAAGAUGGCUAUUUACUAUAAACCAACAGCCAGCAUCAUACCAAAUGGGGGAAAACUAAAAGCAUUCCCUCUAAAAUCAAAAACAAGAUAAGGAUGGCCACUAUCACCUCUUCUUUUUUUUUACUUUAAAGAGAUAAAUAAAAAUAUAAGAAUAACAAUAAAACAGUUUCAGAACAGGUUAGUAGGACAGUAACAAUAAUUAAUACAUUACAUAUUGUCAUCUUAAUAGUGGUUAUUCAUAGUACAACAGAUAGGCAAGAAAUGUUGUCCAAAACAAUACUAGUGAAAACCUUUUUUUCAAUGAACUAAGAGAAACUGUAUGUAUAGCUAUCAUAUAUAUAUAUUUGUUGUUGUUGUUGUUGUUGUUGUUGUGUUCUUUUGUUUUGUUUUUUAAUACCAGUGCCUGCUGUUUCUCAGUCAGGGAAUAUUGGCUCUCAGCUCUCUUCCACAACUGUGACUAAAGCCCAAAAGGGUGCUUCUGCUUCUCCUGUGUUUACCACAGGCCCCAGCCAAACCCGUUGUCAUCCACACUGAUGAUUAGGAUAAAUGGAAGGGUAGGAUCAAUGAUUUGUAGGGCUUGCACAUGUGCCACAGCCCUCUUUGAGUCCUGAAAAGCUGCUUCUGCUGCAUCUGUCCAGUCCCAUGUAGCACCCUUCCAGAUCAUCCAGUAUAGAGGGUGCAGCAGUGUAGCUAGGUGUGGUAUGAACAUUCACCUAGCAAGCCCAUGUACACCUGUAACUGUCAUAUAUUGUAAUUCCAAAUACUGUGUUCAGUCAUCCAAAUAUUGUAACUCUCUUUCUAGUUUUCUUCACAAUCCAAAAAGUUAUAUUUGUAAUCCCAUUGAGACAUCAUUGGAAUCCUAGCAAGUUAAUUCCAAUCCGCCACCACCAAUGCAACCCACAGCGAGAGUAAAGAUACUAAGACAUGUUCCAAGUUAAGGGUAGCCAUGAGGUCCUAAGUCCAAUCCCUGUGAAGACAUGUGGACAAAGGCCCUGAUCCUAGGUCUCUCCCAGAAUUUAUUAUCUUGUGAAGAAGAGAAGGAGGGUGGCUCAGGGAUGAAUGACAGUGAGGAUGGCAGGAAUGACAUGAGUAACUUGAGAUGGCUGACCAGGUGGGAGAAAGACAUCUUUGUAAAUUGCAGAGAUAAAGAUAUGCAGAAGGAUCAAUCACACAAUCUAAGUAAGGUAGCAACGAAAUUGUUUUGGGAGGCUGUUAGUUUUGGUUUCUGAUACGCAAACUCUUGUGCCCUGGGGAGUCACAGCCUCUUUAUCUUGAGGCUGUACCCAGUUGACAUUCCGGGAGCUAUUGGCUCUAACAUCCCACUGUGCUCAUAUCCUGCACGGAGAACACUAUUCCAGGAAACAGGACUGUCUGUUGGCUUUAGAGAUUACUUAUUAGCACCUCGGCUAGGCUAGCCUUAUUUAAAAGCAGUGCUUAGAGUCAGCUGAGGAGAGAAGGAAAUACCAUAGCUAGCUCUCUACAUAUCAGUAUAAGGAAACAAGUCGCAAAAUAAUCAAAGUCGCAAUAAUUGUUUUGCAUUCAAGGGAAGUCACUGGAAUUGUCUCCCGCAGUCAUGGGUCUGGUAUGUGCUUGGAUCUUAUCAAUAAUAGCCUUGACGACUACUUUGGUCUCACCCGACCAGAUAAUACCCAAAAAUUUGACAAACAAACCAGGUCCCUGGACUUUGUCUUCAUUCACAGCCCACCCCAAUGUCAGCAAAAUUUCCUUCAGGCUGUGUGUAGCAGCUUCCACAUCUACAAGGUGAAAUCAGUGGUUAACAUAAUAUCAUGAAUAUAAUGAAACAGAGUUGGCUUGGGCCAGGUGACCAAAUCCUGGGCCACCAAGCCAUGACACAAAGUUGGGCUAUGCAGAUAGCCUUGUGGCAACACCCGGAAGGUCCAUUGCCUACCCUCUGCAAAUUGAUCUUGACUGUCUGGUGCAACAGCAAUAGAAAAGAAGGCAUUAGCCAAAUUCACAACAUGGUGGAAUCAACCCAGCACCAGGGUAAAAUAGUCCAUAAAGCCUGCAAUGUUAGGCACCAUGGCAUGCAGGGAGAAGUCACUUUAUUUGGCUUCUGUAAUCCACAAUCAUUCUCCACAUACCAUCUGGCUUCCGUGCUAGCCAUACUGGGGAGCUGAAAGGGCUCUGUGCAGGGCAUAGUACCCAUUUCUUCCAAAUUCAAGAUGGUCUGUCCUAUCUCCUCAUAGCUUCCAUGCAGCCAGUACUGCUUCACACACACAACCCAAGUGGCUUGCAGGAGCCAAUGGUGUGUGGUGUGGAUGGCCUCCGACUACAGUUUUUACCAUGUGAAUUCACAACCAGAAUUCUCCCUGUGUAGUGUCCAGCAAAGCGCCAGUCAGUAUGUCCACUCUUAGCUAGUAUGUACUCCACAACCAGGGAGACAUAAACAUCACAUAGGCAAGGAGGAAAGUGCCUGAUCCUCAAAGCCACCUCGACCUUCUGGACCAUGAUGUACCUCCACACCCUUCUAUGAUGCAGUAGUCGUGUAAAGUGGUCUGGGUUUCUGUAUAUUAAUGCUGACUCAGCGCUGGUAUUCACCUGAUACAGGGGAAUGAAAUUCCCAACCUGAUAGAUGUCCAAAACACCAAGUUUGUGUUCUCUAAAAUUGAGGAAUGAAUUCUAGGAACAACAGAGGUUAGGAGUAGGAAAAAUUUAUUGAUAGAAAGCUUCUGUCUGAGGGGAUAGAAGGGGCCCCUGAAAGUGUCAUACAUUUUUAAUGAUACCUAACCUACUGAGCAGUCCAGAUCUAAAUGUAUAGAAGAUACAUACAGAUAGCUGUAUUUAUCCAGGACUGGGUUUUUACAGAAUAGGCAACAAUAAAGCAAUGGGCAGAAAGCAAAAACAUUUAUUGUAACAGCAAGUAAGUAACUGACCAUAGAAUCUAAGUUGGAAAGGGAGAGAAUCAGAGGAGAUAGGCUGAUAUAAGAGAAGAAACAUAUAUAAUUGGCUGCAAAUCUAAAAAUCUAGGAAGUUCACCUAAAGUCUAGAUAUAGCUAUUUGCAUAAAAGAUGGUUGUCUUCCACUUUCAUCCUUCCUUUUAAUAGACUACUGUCUCGGUUACUUUUCUCUUGUUGCUGGGACAAAAUACCCAACACCCCAAAUAAAGGAAGAAAAGGUUUAUUUAGCUCACUGUUUGUGGCAGUUUCAGUCCAUAAUCAGCUGGCUCCAAGAAAGGGUGGCGUGGCAUCAGAGCAACACUUCAAGGCAGCAGUCAGCAAAAGCAGCCAGAGCCAAAGGGGCAGAAUGAGCCUUUUUUCCUUACUUGUAUUGUACACAGCCACCCCUACCCCCAGAGUAGUGUAGCACUCACAAAAUCUCUGUGCCCUCCUCUUGCACAGAAUAAGGAUAUUUAUAAGUAAGAAUCCUGGCUCCAGGCCGGGGAUUUACCUCAGGGGCAUAAGCACCUGCCUUGCAAGCCUGGGGAAGUGUGGUACCAAAAAAAACCCAAAAAACAAACCUGUCUCCCUGUAGAGUCUCUUAAACUCCUAAACUUCUCAGUAUCAACCAUAACAACUACUUUAUAAGAUUUAUAUGACUCACAUUAAGAUUUUGGAUCUGAUCCAGAAAUUUACUGUAGUGGUUAGGUGAAAACACCUCAGAAUCAGGAAACUGACACAGAGUUACUUAGCAUAAGUCUCAGAUUUCUCCCUAGGCAGGAAAUAGCACUUCCUCUUUAUGGAACAUAUACCUAUAUUGAUUUCCAAAUGCCCAACAAGAAAACCUCUGGAAAACAAUCCAAUCGUAAUUUUGUAAUUCUUUAUAUUAUUUUGGGUACCAUUUGGCAUACAUUAAUGCAGCUUUUUUAAUUAUUUCAUUUAGCCAAAAGAUAUUCUCUGGCUGUGCCAAACGUUAUACUGUAUGCUGAGAAUAUAGUAGUAAAACAAAACAAAGUCUUGCUCUUAUGGUGUUUGCAUUCUGGCUACAGAGCCUAGUGCUAAAAUAUCACAAGGUGAAUAUAUAUUAUAUCUGGUGGUGAUAACAUUUGCAGUCAGGUCAAGUGAGAUAAGGAGGACAGAGAGUAUCUGUAGAGUGCCACCUUACAUGUGAAGCUGUAGGAAGUCCCUUAAAAGGAUUUAUUUGAAAUUUGAGUGAUCCACAGAUAUAUUUGGGCAAGAACAAUCCAGAUUAUGGGGCAGUAAGUGCUAAGUUCCUCAUAUGGAACAUCCUUAGCAUGUCUGAAGUUCAGCAAGAAGACCUAUUUGGAUGAACUAUCAUGAGAAAAGGAGAAAUUUGUCAAAUAUGAGAUCAAAAAGCUAUCAGGAAGCCACCAGACCUAAGUGGUCUUAUAGGCCACAGUAAGAACAUUGGAUUUCAUUUUUAGUAAGAUGGAAAGUCACCAGACAGUUCUGAGAGGAGUAACAUGACUUAUAUAGAAAUUUGAUGGGUGGUGGGAGACAGCUGGAAAAAUCGAGAUGAAAGUAACUUGAACUAAGACAGAAGCAGAUAUGGACUCUGGAUAUUAUUUAUUCUGAAAUUAAAACCAGUAGGAUUUGCUGAUGUAGGAUGUGUUAAGGAAGAGAAAAAUCACCUGGGUAGAGUAGCAAAUACCUGUGAUCUCAGCACUCUGAGAGACUGAGACAGGAAGAUUACAAGCUUGAGCCCAGCCUGGGUAAUUUAGUGAUUUAGGAAGACUAUGUCAAAAUAAAACAUCGAAAAAGUGCUGGGACGUAGCUUAGUAUAAGGACCCUCGGUUCAAUCCCCACUACCACACAAUGACAAAACACCUGAGACUGGAUAAUUUAUUUUUUAAAUUUUAUCUUCUCACAUUUCUGAAGAUUGGGAAGAUCAAUAUCAAGUUUCUGGCCCUUGUGCUGUAUCCUCAAAUUGCAGAAAGCAGAAGAGGCCAAAACCUAGGUGAAGCCUCUUUUUAAAAGAGCUCAGUCCUGUGCACAAGAUAGUAGUCCACCAAACCUAUUCACCUCUUAAAGGUCACCUUUUAGUAAUAUCACAUGGGCAACACAUAAAUUUGGGUGGAGAAAUAUUUAAACUAUAACGGUCAUUCAGAUAACAUUAACACUAUGAGAUUGGAUGAAAUCACAUAAAGGAUAAGUGUAUAUAAAGAAGAAAAGACAUUUAAAGACCAAGCUCUGGGUACUCCUACACAUACAGGUCUGUUCACAAGAAGAAAACAACACAGUGUAUUCAGGAUGCGCCCAGUGAGUCAGAGAAGAAUCAAAAGGUAGUGAUAUCCUAGAAGCAGUUCCAAUGUUAAAGAUAUGGCCACAUUGCUGGGGGAAAGGCUUAGUGUUAGAGUGCUUGCCUAGUGUUUGCAAGGCCUGGAUACAACUCCCUAGUACUGAAUGACCGUAGGAUUGGAUAUUUGAUGUAAUGGAGGCCAAGAGUGGUAUAAUAGAAAAUGCCAAGGAACCAGAAUAUUGGUGACUCUUUAUGGAUAUUGAAAUCACCAAAAAUGUUCACAUAAACUACAUCAGAAAAUUGGACAUAAAAAUAUUGUAUUAGAAGAACAGACAAAUGUGUUAACUUUCAAAGUGUGAGGGGAAGCAAGUGAUGCUCCAGCCAGAGGUCUACAGAUGCUAACUACGGUACAGUGGCACCAGAUUCUAGGUCAAGUCAACAACUGACAGCCCUAAUUUAGGAGAGUUUGACUCUGCUGUAGUGUGAUAGUGAUCCACAUGCAGAAGAAAGCUUCCUUUGAAUUCGGACUUUUGAUGUGGUCCUAGACUAGCAUCCCAUGACAGUGGGCAGUGUGGCACUGAGCCAUAGCUCCCCUGUACUGUGUUGCUAUGAUGUCUGGCAGGACAAGUGUGUUACUUUUUGUUUUUUGAGGCAGGGCUCACCUUGAGCUCACUUUGUAUCCCAGGCUGGUCUCAAACUCACAAUGAUCCUCCUGCCUCAGCCAUCUGAGUGCUGGGAUUAUAGGCCAUGCCCAGUUUGUUAAAUGUAUUUUUUAUCUAGAGCAUUUUUCAUUAAAGAUGAAUUUAUCGUGACAUAACCCCCUAAUAAGUCAAGGAACAUCUGUAAUUGUGAAUACUUUGGAUGUUGGUAACAUUAGAUUGGCCAUAUGAAAAUGCAGACAUUCAAAUACUUUGUGCCUCCCAAAAUGUCAGUUCCAUACAUUCAGCCUGAUAUAACUGAAUAUGUAUAAACUAUAUCUGAACUGGAGUUACCUCCAUAAGUUAGGAUGUGUUAUAGUCUUUUCAGAUGUAAAAAUCCCUGAGAUUUGGAGUUACUAUGUGACUCCAAAUCACUCCAGAUUUGGAGUCACUGUGUGACUUUCAGAGCACUGAGUGUUUGCUUUGUAAUUUAAUGGCCACUUAGUAUUUUUAUACGCACAACAUGGCUAUUGUUGGUCAUUUAGUAUUUUCAUGUAUGUAUCAUUGCUAUUGUUGGCAUGUUUUUAUUUCUGGGUGAUCAUCAUACUCUUUACCUUCCUGAGUUGAGAAACAAAUAUGCAUAGGCAUUAGAUGUGGCUCAUUAUCAGUGUUGUGGCUGAUUAUGCUGAAAUAGGGAAAAGAAAACAUCCUGGACCGGAAUCAGAAUAAGAUCCUAAUUCAUCAUCCUGUGGAAUCAAUCUGGGCAGUCACUCGACAGAUGAAAACUGCUUUCGAGGGGCACAGACAAUUCCUGACAGGAGGGAAAAUAAGCUGAGGGCAAGCUGGAGAGGGACAGGCCAGCACCUGCACCCCGACAGCUGGGAGGAAAAUACAAAAGGCUGUAUCCCGGAAUGCCUACCCAUUCUCCAUGUCUCCCAAAGCUUACUUUUAAGAGUUCUUUCUUCACAAUUCUCACAACUAUUGCAUUAAUAAAGCAUUUUUCAAAUGUA